AUGGCCGACUGGCCCUCCCAAGAUGGCCGAUGGCACCCCAAGAUGGCUGACAUGACCCCGACAUGGCCCACGGGACCUCCCAACAUGGCCAACAGACCCUCCCAAGAUGGACAACAGACCCUCCCACCAUGGCCGACUGGCCCUCCCAAGAUGGCCGAUGGCACCCCAAGAUGGCCGAUACGACCCCAACAUGGCCCAUGGGACCUCCCGACAUGGCCGACCGGCCCGCCCAAGAUGGCCGACGGGACCCCAAGAUGGCCGACGCGACCCCUACAUGGCCCAUGGGACCUCCCAACAUGGCCGACAGGCCCUCCCCCCUCCCAAGAUGGCCGAUGGCACCCCAAGAUGGCCGAUACGACCCCAACAUGGCCCAUGGGACCUCCCAACAUGGCCGACCGGCCCGCCCAAGAUGGCCGACGGGACCCCAAGAUGGCCGACGCGACCCCUACAUGGCCCAUGGGACCUCCCACCAUGGCCGACUGGCCCUCCCAAGAUGGCCGAUGGCACCCCAAGAUGGCCGAUACGACCCCAACAUGGCCCAUGGGACCUCCCAACAUGGCCGACCGGCCCGCCCAAGAUGGCCGACGGGACCCCAAGAUGGCCGACGCGACCCCUACAUGGCCCAUGGGACCUCCCACCAUGGCCGACUGGCCCUCCCAAGAUGGCCGACGGGACCCCAAGAUGGCCGACCGGACAGGACCCCAAGAUGGCCGACGCGACCCCAAGAUGGCCCACGGGACCCCCAGCAUGGCCCAUGGGACCCCAAUAUGGCCGACAGACCCUCCCAAGAUGGCUGACAGGGCCCCAACAUGGCUGAAAGACCCUCCCAACAUGGCCCACGGGACCUCCCAAGAUGGCCGAUGA